UAAACGGGCCUCCUCUCCUGCUCUAGAAGGGACUACAGCUGACUUAGUGAAGAUGUGUGACGAGGAGGAGACCACCGCCUUGGUGUGUGACAACGGCUCAGGCCUUGUCAAGGCAGGCUUUGCGGGAGAUGAUGCCCCCAGAGCUGUGUUCCCCUCCAUUGUUGGCCGUCCCCGUCAUCAGGGUGUGAUGGUUGGCAUGGGGCAGAAGGACAGCUAUGUUGGAGACGAGGCCCAAAGCAAGAGGGGCAUCCUGACCCUAAAGUAUCCCAUCGAGCACGGCAUCAUCACCAACUGGGACGACAUGGAGAAGAUCUGGCACCACACCUUCUACAAUGAGCUGCGCGUGGCCCCUGAGGAACACCCCGUUCUGCUGACAGAGGCCCCGCUGAACCCCAAGGCCAACAGGGAGAAGAUGACCCAGAUCAUGUUUGAGACCUUCAAUGUCCCGGCCAUGUAUGUGGCCAUUCAGGCUGUGCUGUCUCUCUAUGCCUCCGGCCGUACCACUGGUAUUGUACUGGAUGCUGGGGAUGGUGUGACCCACAAUGUGCCUGUCUAUGAGGGCUACGCAUUGCCCCACGCCAUCAUGAGGCUAGACCUGGCAGGCAGAGACCUGACUGACUACCUCAUGAAGAUCCUAACAGAGAGAGGCUACUCCUUCGUCACCACUGCCGAGAGAGAGAUUGUGCGCGACAUCAAGGAGAAGCUCUGCUACGUGGCCCUGGACUUUGAGAAUGAAAUGGCCACCGCUGCCUCCUCCUCCUCCCUGGAGAAGAGCUACGAGCUGCCCGACGGGCAGGUCAUCACCAUCGGCAACGAGAGGUUCCGCUGCCCAGAGACCCUCUUUCAGCCCUCCUUCAUUGGUAUGGAGUCAGCUGGUAUUCACGAGACCACCUACAAUGGCAUUAUGAAGUGUGAUAUCGACAUCCGGAAAGAUCUGUACGCCAACAACGUGCUCUCCGGCGGUACGACCAUGUACCCUGGUAUUGGUGACCGCAUGCAGAAAGAAAUCACAGCUCUCGCCCCCAGCACCAUGAAGAUUAAGAUGAUCGCCCCCCCAGAGCGUAAGUACUCUGUGUGGAUCGGAGGCUCCAUCCUGGCCUCCCUCUCCACCUUCCAACAGAUGUGGAUCAGCAAGGACGAGUACGAGGAGGCGGGGCCCUCCAUCGUCCACAGGAAGUGCUUCUAAACCACAUCCUCCCUGCGAGACCCACCCCCUUCCGGAACUCAGCUGUCGCACGCUCCUUCUCUCGCUGGCUGUGUACGAAACUGCAUACCUAACAUACUACUACUACAUUUCAAAACCAGCCUGAAAUUUUGUAUGGGUAGUAUGCUGGUAUG